AAGCGAAAUUGCCAGCUCAUCACAAUUUCUAGAAUAUUAAGUCGCAAGGAAUAGGGGAAUCCCCCGACGACUAGUACUUACAGUGAGCCAAUCGGGUCACUCAAACUCCGAUUUCACGAUUGUCAUUGGUGGAUCUGAAAGGUGCUUCUUCAGCAAAUUCUCAUUUCGUCUCUUUUUAAGCCAAAAAUUCGGUAUAUAUCAUCAAUCCAGUCAUGGGUUUUCAAGGGACAGGCUGCAGAGAACACCUCUCUUGUCCUGUUUCGUCUUCGUAAAGCGUCCUUUAAUGGACAGAAUGGAUGACACCGCUGAAUUUGCCAUUUUUCACUACGGAAGCGCGGUCGAAGCCGAGUGCCCUAACUGUGGAGACGUCCAAAUACCUUCCACUGGCUUCACCAACAUUUCGUGCCCAAUAUGUAAUGGGGUUCUCUCCGUGAACAAUAACUCUCACCAUUCCCAAGUUAUUCGAAGUAGUGACCAUCGUGAGGGGAACCUACUUCCCCAAGACGACACAGACGAAAUGAACCAAGAAACCCAAGCGGGAAUUCGAAUUCCAUAUCCGCCAAGCAGUCCAACCGAAGAUCCUUCCAUGCAAUCGCUCACGGCCUCUUUCCUACAAGUUUCGACAGAGCAUACCGCUUCAGGUGUACCCCUACAAGAGGGUUUUGAUGAGAGUUUAACAUUUGGCUGCCCCCCAUCUUUGGAACGAGUUCAACAAAGCUCGGGGAAACUUUCGAAAACUCCAUCAGAGGGACAUAAUGAUGAUGAAGUCGUCGACAUUUGCCACACUUGUGGUAAGUUGAAUUCAGACCACAAGUGUCUUCAGUGCUGUCUGGCGGUUUUCAAGAGGGGUAUUAUCUCUCGAAAGGAACCAAGUUUCGGCAUCUAUUUUAUUCCAUGUGACAAGUUUCACUUGCUGUCAACCUUUAAUGUACAACAUAUUUUGGCUAGAAGUGAGGAAAGACUCUUUCCUGGUGCCUGCAUCAAGCUUGCCAUUAAAUACAAUGGGCUGCAAAACACACUUCACGAAGACAGAGUGAAGAUGACCCUAGUGACUGGAAAAGCAAAAUUGCUCAUUAUUAUUCCAACCAAGUCCAAUACGCCACUUAUUCACCCUUUGCAGCAAGACUACUCAGUAACUGGAAUGCCAACACUGGACAGAGAAGCCUUGCGUAGCUGUCACGUGGAUCUAAUUGAAAAUAUUGAUGAUCUGUCAUCUAUAUGUGCCUACCUUUAUCAGUACAACAUCUUAACUGCUAAUGAUAAAGCAUUUCUGAAAUCUUUUCAACACCCAGCAGAGGCAAUUGACCAAUUGUUAACGAUGAUUCCAAAAAAAGGGAACAUUUUGAAUAUUUUCAUCUACAUUUUGCAGCAGUCACGUGGAAAUCAAGAGGCUGCAAAAAUUUUGGUUCAAAAGUAUUUGGGAAUUGCAGAGAGAAAAUAACAAAAAAAAUAGAUUUUCUAAUGCCAGGGGAGUCUUUGUAUUGUUUUGUUAAUGUACACUCAUAAGCAUUGAAGAAGUUCUUUCACUUCGGGUUUUUUAUGAGUUUGUUGAACUAGCAGAUACCAUGAUGUCAGCAUAGCUUUAGUCACUUUGUUUAAACAGAGAUCUGGCAAUAAAGCUCCCAUUGAUAAAAAUG